CGCGAUCCUACUCACUUGUCAGAGUAUGAACGUGCUAAGCGCAUGAGCGAGUUCUACUUUGACGUUGGUGCUUGGGAGAGCGAUGUCGAGGCCCGUAACAGGGCUGAGAUUGAGGCCGAGGGAGAAGGCAAGAAGAGAAAACGCCCGACAAAGAAAGAUCUGGAGCGGUUCAAGGAACAGAAGAAAUUAAAGAAAAUUGCGAAGACAGCAUGGCUUCGAACAUAGGAACCCUAUUACUGUCGUAUUAGAAGAAAUCCAAAGCAACAAUAAAUUCCUUAGUUAUAUUAUAAAAAGAAAGUUCAUCAGCCGGAUUGUCAGUGUUCAAUAGUACAACCACCUUGAGGUUUACAAUGAUAGAUCACUACUGAUAGCUACCACCUGGCGAUAUCAGCAUUAGCGUCCACAGGUAUGUCCAUUUUUAUCCCUCAUUUUUGAUGAUGUCCUAAGUUGCGAAUACGCCAAUGAUUUUGAAAGGAGGAACACUUUGUCCUUCGUCUCCAAGUAGCACGCACUCGAUGAAGUGCGAUCCUCUCGUGACAAAUUGAUCAAUCAUCAUAAGACUUG